AAAUGUGAUUGCUGCACCGCUGAUUCUACGUGAGAAAAUACCUCUCUCUCCAAUAAUGGUACCGGAGAGAACCGGUUCCCAUACCGGUGAACACGAAAUCACCGAACCUCUACUUCAAGGCGACCGCGACACGUGUCCAACCGGCGACGAUUCUCCGAUCGAGCAGGUAUCCCUGACGGUGCCGGUGACCGACGAUCCAUCGCUGCCUUCGUUCACUUUCCGGACAUGGAUUUUGGGAACCCUAGCGUGCGCGCUUCUCUCGUUCCUGAACCAGUUCUUCUGGUACCGGCGGGAGCCGCUGUCGAUGACGGCGAUCUCGGCGCAGAUCGCGGUGGUGCCGGUGGGACACCUGAUGGCGGCGACGGUGACGGAGCGCGUGUUCAUGAAGGGGACGAGGUGGGAGUUCACGCUGAACCCGGGGAAGUUCAACGUGAAGGAGCACGUGCUUAUCACCAUCUUCGCCAAUUCCGGAGCCGCUAGCGUCUACGCCAUUCACUUCGUCAGCAUCGUCAAAGUGUUCUACAAAAGAGAAAUUUCGCUGUUACUGGGCUGGCUCGUCGUUCUGGGUACCCACUUGUUGGGCCUCUCUUGGGCCGGCGUUUUUCGUCGCUACUUAGUCGAGCCCGCUGCCAUGUGGUGGCCCCAGAAUCUCGUACAGGUCUCGCUUUUCAGGGUGCUGCACGAGAAUGAGGAGAGGCCAAAGGGUGGUUUAACACGGAAUCAGUUCUUCCUCGUAACAUUUGUUUGUAGUUUUGCUUAUUAUGUGUUUCCAGGCCACUUGUUCCCAAUGUUAACAUCACUUUCUUGGAUAUGCUGGAUGUUUCCCACUUCUAUUAUAGCACAACAGCUAGGUUCAGGGCUGCGUGGACUUGGAGUAGGUGUUGUUGGUUUUGACUGGUCCACUGUAUGUGCUUACCUUGGGACCCCUCUGGCUAGUCCUUGGUUUGCCACGGCUAAUGUUGCUGCUGGUUUUGUCAUUUUCAUAUACCUCCUCACACCCUUUUCUUAUUGGCUUAACAUUUACAAGGCAAGAAGGUUUCCCAUAUUUUCGGAUGAUCUAUUCACGUCCAAUGGCCAAAAAUACAACAUCUCAAGUAUUGUUGACUCCAACUUUCACCUUGAUUUGGAGGCUUAUCAGCGUGAGGGCCCUCUUUACUUCAGCAUCAACUUUGCUAUGACAUAUGGCUUCGCUUUUGCUUGCCUUGCUGCCACCCUUGUACAUGUAUUGCUCUUUCAUGGGAGUGAAAUAUUGCAGCUAAGCAAGUCUGCUUUCCAAGAGAAGAAGAUAGAUAUACACACAAAGCUUAUGAGGAAAUACUAUAAGCAAGUUCCUGAAUGGUGGUUUGUUUGCAUUCUUCUGUUCACCAUCACGACAAUUAUGUUUAUGUGUGUGAAUUACGAGGACCAACUCCAGCUUCCAUGGUGGGGUGUGAUAUUAGCCUGUGCUAUUGCCAUGUUGUUCACACUUCCUAUUGGAGUAAUCAAAGCCACGACAAAUCAGGCACCGGCUUUGAAUGUGUUAACAGAGUAUAUAAUAGGAUACAUCUAUCCGGGGUAUCCUAUUGCUAACAUCUUGUUUAAAGUGUUUGGGAAUGGAAGUGUUAAACAAGGAAUUUCCUUUUUGGAAGACUUCAAGCUUGGUCAUUACAUGAAGAUUCCUCCUAGAGCAAUGUUCACGGCACAGAUAUUUGGCACCACUAUAUCUGCAUUGGUGCAUUCAGUAACAGCUUGGUGGCUGAUGAACACUAUUCCAAAUAUAUGCGAUAGAGAGUUGCUUCCACCAGGCAGCUCAUGGACAUGCCCUAGUGAUCAUGUAUUCUAUGAUGCAUCUGUGAUAAUGGGAUUGAUAGGGCCUCGUAGAAUAUUUGGAGAUCUUGGACAUUACUCGGCCAUCAAUUGGUUCUUUUUGGCUGGAGCUAUUGUUCCUAUCAUAGUUUGGCUAGCACACAAGGCAUUUCCAAAUAAACAAUGGAUUAGACUAGUCAACAUUCCUGUGAUCUUGACAGGAGUAGCGCAAAUGCCUCCAGCUACACCAGUGAACUACACUAGUUGGGUUCUUGUUGGAUUUGCCUCAGGGUUUGUUGCUUAUCGCUAUAACCGUGGAUGGUGGAGUCGACACAACUAUGUGCUAUCUGGGGGACUUGAUGCUGGAUUAGCCUUCAUGGGGGUGUUGCUUUACAUUUGUUUGGGGAUGCAGCAGAUCAACCUAAACUGGUGGGGCAGUGACCCUGAUGGAUGCCCUUUAGCUUCAUGUCCAACGGCUCAUGGGAUCGAAGAGUGUCCUCUUUACUGAAGUGAAGCAGCCCCAAGUAUUGUUUUGGUAAACCGUAAACUUCUAUAUAAACACAGAAAUGUUAAUAACAAUCUCUUAUUAGUACUUUCUUUCCAA